AUGCCCCUACUGCGACUGUGGACCCCACGGGUCCUUCUCACGGGGCAAUUGUUGUGGCUGCUGAUACAGGCAGCUCCUGUUUGGAGGUGGCCCCGGGACAGGGUCCAGCCUACCUCCGAAUCCCCAGGGCCGAAAGAGCCCUGGUCUUCCCUCUCUUCCGAUCUCUCACCCGAAUCCCCUCAUAUGCCUACACCCCCAGCAGAUCCUGGGGACUUUGAUUACCUGGGGUCUUCUGCUCCUUCCCACUUGUUAGCUUCACCUCAGGAGUUGCCUGAGAAUUUAGCUCCAUUCCCGGACACGGAUUCAGCUCAAGAGCUACCUCAAGGGCCAGAUAGUCUUACUAUUCUACGUCGUCGGCUUCUGAGGAAUAAGCUAAGGAGACGACGAAGCCUUCCAGAGGUGGUUCCAACGCCCGGUUGGGAUCAGAAUCGAGUCCUAACUCUGCGUCCUCAACUCAUAAGGAAGAUUCAAACUGUAAGUCCAGAUGAGGUUUCAGGUCACCAGGCAUUUGAAGUACUUGUUCCACCUCUAGAUAGUCACAGUUCAAAACCAACAACAUUCAUUGUUUCACCAAAGAACCUGAAGGAAGAUCUAGCUCAACAUCCACAGCUCACUAAAGUUGUUGGAGCUCUAGACCAAUUUGAAUUAAAAUCUCGGUCUUACAAACAAAUUCUGCAGAAUGACGAUUGUACAGAUCAAAGUAUGGAUUUACUUUACCCUGGCAGCAUACCUCUGGGAUUUGCGAGAAACCCAGAGGUGGCUCAAGAGGCCCCUGCACAAGGUGAACUUUCGCAGUUCAAUGUAAAAGAUGAAAGUCGAAAUCCAGAGACCCCUGAGGAGAUCCCAUCCUCUUUACUCCAUCAAGAAACCCUAGAAGAGUACCCUGAGGAAGUAGAACCUUUAACUGAGCAGCAGGCCCCAGCUCAGGCUCCACAGACUUUUGAGCAGGUAGAACCUUCUUUAACAGAGCAGGAGGCCUCAGCUCAGCAGCCAACUAAUACUGAAGAGGCUGUGUCUCAGCCAGUGAUACAUCAUGAGGUAAAUGUUCCAUCUCCAACUCGGGCUGAAAUUUAUCAUUCAGUCUUGCCCAAAGUCACAGUUAAACCUGUAGAUCUGGAGCUUACACUAACUUCAGAGCCAAGUAACAACAUUGAACCUACUUUAAGCCAGCAGCAGGCCCCAGCUCAGCCUCCAGAGCGCCCGGAAGAGGUGGAACUUUCCUCAACCCAACAAGAGGUCUCACCUUUUGAGGAGGUUGGACUGUCCCCAACCCAACAAGAAGGCCCAGCUCAAAAUCUAGAGCACCCUGAGGAGGUUGAACCUUCUGCGACACAGCAGGGACUGCCCAGCCAGCAGCUCCCAGCACCCCCACCUGGCAAGCUGAGCUGCCAGAGCAUGACAAGCCUGUGCAGUCAUGCCGUGUCGCCGACCCAGGAUGGGACCUCCUCUCUUCCUAGGAGGCAGAGCUCGUUCACUAAGCCCCCUCUCCAUGCCCUGUAUGACCUGCUCAUAGAGCCCAUGGAAGGGGGCCUGAUGCACGCCAGUGGCCCUGUCGGCCGGCACCGGCAACUGACCUUGGUCCUGGAGGGGGAGCUCUACCUCAUCCCCUUUGCCCUCCUGAAGGGAAGCUCCUCCAACGAGUACCUCUAUGAGCGCUUCGGCCUUCUCGCUGUCCCCUCCAUCCGCUCCCUCAGUCCGCAGUCCAAGUCCCACCUGAGAAAGAACCCACUCACCUACUCCAGCUCCACGUCCAUGGCAGCUAUCAUUGGCAACCCCAAACUCCCAUCAGCAGUGAUGGACAGGUGGCUGUGGGGGCCAAUGCCAUCAGCUGAGGAGGAAGCCUACAUGGUACCCAAGCUGCUGGGCUGCCAGCCCCUGGUGGGCAGUGUGGCCACCAAGGAGAGGGUCAUGAGUGCCCUGAUCCAGGCGGAGUGCGUCCACUUCGCUACCCACAUCUCUUGGAAGCUGUCAGCCCUGGUCCUUACACCCAAUGUGGAUGGCAACCCUGCCAGCAGCAAGAGUUCAUUUGGCCACCCUUACACCAUCCCUGAGUCCCUGCGGGUGCAGGACGAUGCCAGCGACGGGGAAAGCAUCUCGGACUGCCCACCCCUGCAGGAGCUGCUACUCAUGGCUGCCGAUGUCUUAGACCUGUGGCUGCCCGUGAGGCUGGUGGUGCUUGGCUCCUCUCAGGAGUCCAACAGCAAAGUCACAGCUGACGGCGUUAUCGCACUUACACGGGCCUUCCUAGCCGCUGGCGCACAGUGUGUCCUGGUGUCUCUGUGGCCUGUGCCGGUGGCUGCCUCCAAGAUGUUUAUCCAUGCCUUCUACUGAUCCCUGCUGAAUGGCCUGAAAACCAGUGCCACCCUGGGGGAGGCCAUGAAGUUGGUGCAGAGCAGCAAAGCCUUCUCACACCCCUCCAACUGGGCAGGGUUCCUGCUCAUUGGGAAUGAUGUUAAGCUGAACAGUCCCUCGUCGUUCAUUGGCCAGGCCCUCACAGAGAUCUUGCAGCACCCAGAGCGCGCGCAUGACGCCUUGCGAGUGCUAUUGCACCUGGUGGAGAAGUCCUUGCAGUGCAUCCAGAAUGGGCAACACAAUGCCAUGUACACAUCCCAGCAGAGCGUGGCGAACAAAGUGAGUGGCAUCCCUGACUGGCAGGCUCUCCUCACCGCCGUGGGCUUCCGACUGGAUCCCCCGGCCAGCGGCCUGCCGGCGGCUGUCUUCUUCCCAACCUCUGACCCAGGUGACUGGCUGCAGCAGUGCAGCAGCACCAUCCAAUCCCUGCUGGGUCUACCCAAUCCUGCCCUCCAAGCCCUCUGCAAACUCAUCACUGCCUUGGAGACAGGCGAGCAGCUCAUUAGCCAGGCUGUUAAAAAUAGGGUUGGAAUGCUCCACCAGGUGCUGGUUCAGCUCCAGGCCGGCGAGAAGGAGCAGGACUCUGCCUCAGCCCCCAUUCAGGUCUCCAUCAGCAUCCAGCUAUGGCGGCUCCCGGGAUGUCACGAACUCUUGGCAGCUCUAGGUUUUGAUCUCUGUGAAGUUGGUCAGGAGGAAGUAAUCCUAAAAACCGGGAAGCAAGCCAACCACCGGACCGUGCACUUCGCUCUGCAGUCCUUGCUGUCUCUCUUCGAUUCUAUGGAGCUACACAAGCACCUCAGCCUCGACAGCUCCUCCUCCCUGGAGUCUCUGGCUUCAGCUCAGUCUGUUUCCAAUGCCCUGCCCUUGGGCUACCAGCACCCUCCCUUCUCUCCCACCGGUGCGGACAGCAUCACCUCAGAUGCCAUUUCUGUAUACAGUCUGAGCUCUAUCACCUCCUCCAUGAGCUUUGUCUCCAAACCUGAGGUGGGGUCAGAGGGCGGAGGCCCCAGAGGACGGCAGGACCAUGACUGGUCCAAGGGUGCUUACCCACAGCGAUCCACCCUGCCUCGGAGCCAGAUGUCUCCCCAGACCCGCGCUGCAGGCAACAAAGAGGAAGAAGAAUACGAAGGGUUUUCCAUCAUCAGUACUGAGCCUUUGGCAGCCUACCAAGAAAACAGGACAACUCGCUUCUCAUCAGAUCACAAGCAAUCUAGAGUCAGGACAGCUGGAGCUGUGAAAGUUUCGGUAAGCUCCAAAGGGAGCAUAAGCACUCCCAGUUCUCCAGUUAAAAUGACUCUGAUUCCCAGCCCAAACUCACCCUUCCAAAAGGUUGGAAAACUAGCAAGUUCAGAUACAGGAGAAUCGGACCAGUCUAGCACAGAAAGUACCGUGAAAUCUCAAGAAGAAAGCAACCCAAAGCUGGAUCCACAAGAGUUGGCCCAGAAGAUUCUAGAGGAGACACAGAGUCAUCUCAUUGCAGUGGAAUGUCUUCAGAGGAGUGGCAGUCAGGUGAACAAGAGUCACAAUCCAGAAGACAGCAUCUCGGUGCCAAAUAGUGCUGCCGUCUUUAGAGCAUCAGAGACAAGUGCGUUCAGUAAGCCUCUCCUCUCCCAUCAGAAGAGUCAACUGUCACCAGUCAGUGUUAAACCAAAGCCCCCAGCCAGGAGCUCAUCCCUGCCCAAGGUGAGCUCCGGAUACAGCAGCCCCACCACCUCUGAGACGUCUAUCAGAGACAGCCUGAGCCAGCUCAGUGGCCGGCCAUCACCUGGCUCUGACUCCCAGACUUCACUGAUGGACCAGCCCCUCUUCAAACUGAAGUAUCCCAGCUCUCCUUACAGCGCUCACAUUUCCAAAUCACCAAGGAAUAUGUCCCCAAGCUCAGGCCAUCAGUCUCCUGCUGGCAGUGCUCCGUCCCCAGCUCUCUCCUACUCCUCAGCUGGUUCUGCUCGUUCCAGUCCAGCUGAUGCUCCUGACAUAGACAAACUGAAAAUGGCAGCCAUUGAUGAAAAGGUGCAGGCUGUCCAUAACCUGAAGAUGUUUUGGCAAAACACACCCCAACAUUCUCCAGGACCAGUGAAAAUCUUCCGUGGGACCCCUGGAACGAUGACUUCCAAAAGAGAUGUCCUCAGUCUGUUAAAUUUGUCACCACGGCACGCCAAGAAGGAGGAAGGAGUUGAUAAGCUUGAACUGAAGGAGUUGUCUCUGCAGCAACCUGAGGAAGCACCACAAAAAGCCCGUCCCAAUGGACACUGGCACACUGAGACCACCACACUGAGCACGCUGCCGCUGCCCACCGGCCCUCCUGCCGGGGCCCCUGCACGUCCUUUGAGACUUCCCUCUGGAAACGGCUACAAGUUCCUGUCCCCAGGAAGAUUUUUCCCUUCUUCCAAAUGCUAAAGCAUCUUUUAUACCAACUGAGUCAGAGUGGAAAAGCCCAUAGAAAAGGGCUUGGUAUUCCCUUCAGCCUGUUCCCUUAUCUGGGUACAGUCACCCCACAAGGCCACCAGCGCCACCUCACCAUGGUGUGCUCCCUGGGUGAGGAGCAGCACUACCAUGCCCAAAGGCCAACACACGCACAGACACACACAGACACACGCGUGUGCACACACAGACACACACACACUGGUGACUUCUCUGGACAUCUGGGCCAGAUUCACCAAAAGCCAGGACUUCUGUAGGGUCAGUACAGGAGGCUCAUGGAAUUUUCUACACACACUUCACCAAAUGUUUACCUUUGAACUCACUGUUUCUCAUCUUUGAUAUAAUUCUUCAACAGGAUUUUGUACAAAAAUGGUCAUAGUUCUGGGGUGGGGAGAGGAAAGGGAGCACAUAUUUUGCUAAAAGGUGUAUAUUCAGUACCUUUUAUACACAGAAAUACAAAUAGAGCUUUUUUUUUAAGGCUUUCAGGUGCUGGUUGGGGGCGGGAUAUAUAAAGUCCCCCUAAGUUGAAUUCUACACAAAAGCGUUAUAUUAGCCUGAACCAGAAUAAUGGUUUAAAAAAUGCCAAUGAUUUGUAAUUAAAUUGUAGCAAUGUCAUUUCGUGACAGUGUGACAUCACAGCAGUGAUGCAAUAACUGACAAUGAAACCAAGCUUCCCUCCUCAGCUGCUCUGCUCCACUGAGCUCUGCAAACAUCCUCUGGGCCCCACUAUCAACCAAACUUGAAUUUUCUUAAAAAA